AUGACAAUGAGACGAAGAGCUCAAAACGUAUAUGAUCGCAAAAAAAGGAAAAGGAGGAGUCAAGUUAUCCAGAACACACCCAGGACCCAGGAGAGAUACACAUCAGUGCAGUGCAACAAGUCGUCAUUACUGCCAUUCGUGGCAACUGAUCUCGCUCUUGGUCUCCUACGCAUCCCCGCUGGCUUCCAUGUAGUGGUAAAGACUGACAGUGCUGAAUGCCAGACGAGCAACAAACCUGUACACGUAGAUCAGGCUGUUGUCGAAUGGACCGAGCCCAUACUUCUGUAUGUUGUACUUGAUCUCAUCUUUCCUGCCGGUAUUGAGAAAGACUCUAGCCCCUGUGAGACAUCUUCUAAAGUUUGGGUGAGCGUGUAUGCCUCAUUCGAAUUGGGGCCCAUGCUCUGUCACGGAGAAGUCCUCCGUACAUUCGAGAUCUCCGUCCGAGAAUUACUGGAUCGCAGCGAAAAUUCGCAUCCCAUGAUCUUCCAGCCCAAGCAGGGAGAAGUCAUAUCCCUGUGUACUUCACUGUUCAUGACACUGGAGCAGCGAUGUUCUGUUGAAAACGACACCGCAGUUCUUUGCCUCCUUACUGACCUUAUGUCCUGCGAUAUGGAUCCGUUAGUACCAAUGACAGAUACUGGACAUCAUCUUCUCGCGCGAUACCACAGGGCGCAGAACAGUAGCGAUCUUGACCAAUCCAUAAACCACUUUGAGCGUGCCUCGGAUCUCUGCCCCAUUGACCAUCCCUGCUGCCCUGCAGCACUAUUCAAUCUAGCCACCGCAAAACUUGUUAGUUGCCAAGCUGGUGGAAGAUACCUCGACCUCGACAUCCCUAUCCACCUGUUUCAAGAUGCCCUUGAUUUGCGUCCCACUGAUCAUCCAGACCAAACUGUCACCCAGCUCCAUCUUGCCAUUGCUCUACUAUCUCACUUCGCGAAACGGGGAUUUCAAACGGAUGCUGAUGCAGCUGGAGAGUUACUGAGCGAAGUCCUCGAUGCCUCCCACGCCGACAGCCACAUUCACAGAGCAGCUUUGAUUGCAAUCGAAACAUCCGCCCUGCAUUCCGUUGGAAGCAUUGAUGCAAAUGAUCCUGAGCAGGAGCGGCUCAGUGCAUUCAUACUUCCAUUAACGCCGAAUCAACUUGCUGAGCGAGCAGCGUGGUGUCUUGGGACAGAUGAACCCCGUGCCUUAGAUGAAGUGAUAUCCCUUCAUUAUGAUGCACUGAAAUACUGCAACAUUGUGGAUACUUAUCGAGGGCAAUUGCUAUCCAAUCUGAGUGCCAUCGCACUUCAGAGGGAAGCGCUGGCUUUGUACCCGGUCAGUCACACAGAAAGGUACUCGUCAUUAAAUAACCUUGCACAUGAACUCUGCACCCGCUUUGAGCACCAACGCAAUCGAGAAGACUUCGACGAGUCUCGAGACAACCUACGCUCUGCAUUGACUCUAUUGACGCAAUACGAUCCUCGUCAAUUAGUAGUCCAUGAGUCGCUAGCUGGGGUCCAUCUAUCAUUCCAUCAUUCAGGGCUUGACGGCACCGGUGUGGGCGAAGAGGGCGAAGAUAAUGACAGUCUGAAUGCUGUUAUGUAUCAUCUCAAGGCAGCAGCAAAUGUUGUCUCUGGAGGCUCGUUAUCUCACCUGCGAGCAAGUCUACGCUGGGUUCACCAUGCUUCUCAACAUUCACAUGCCACUGAGCUGGAGGCUUAUGCAACUUCCAUGCAACUUUUGGACGCUUACAUGUCCACGACAGCUUCAGUAUCGUCUUAUCACAAUAUCAUGAUGGCCCCCACGUUCCCAAGUAUGCUUGCUGUGGAUGCUGCAUCGUGUGCUCUUCAUAGCGGUGAUGUGUGUUGCGCUGUCGAGUUCCUCCAGACAUGCGGUGAUCACGCAGCGGCCCUGGUGAAGAAAUUUAGAGAUCUCAGCUCCCUCCUCAAUAAAUCUCCUGCGAACGAUCGAGAAGCAACCCCAACAGUCGAUGCAGAAGCCGAAGAAGCCCGGUACAGACAUUUAGUGAAGGAGUGGAAUGGAGCUGUAGAAGAGAUCCGGAGGAUCGAGGGCUUCUCUUGUUUCCUCCUUCCCCCUUCAUUCUCCGAUCUUCGAGAUGCAGCUCGUGGUGGGCCUAUCAUCAUGCUCAUCACGAGCAAGUCGUCUUGUGAUGCCAUUAUUAUCUGGCACGAGCAACCUCCAACCAAGAUUCCACUUCCCACCAAGCUUGAGAAACUCCAGACAUUGGUGGCCAGAUUCCAACGCAGAAGUACACCAGCGCUGACAACAGCUUUGAUAGAGUUGUGGGAGGACGUCGUCCGCCCAGUGGUCGAAAAUCUGGGCGGAUUUGCACAGCGACGUCCCCGAAUAUGGAGACAUGGGCAGUUUCUGUCACAGCUCUACGUCUCUUCAUACACCCCAUCGCUUACCGCGCUGAUAAAGGCUCGCAGAAAUCAUGACGGGUCCCUGUCAGUGUCCUUUGCUGCCAUCGGCCAGAAUCGCCCAGCCGGUGCUUCAUUCACUUUGGAAUGUGUGGAGCCUGAACUGGAAUUGGUGCGGAGUCUUUUGCCCCCUCCUCCAACUGUUUCCUUCGCCGAGAUAAUGAGCGUUGAUGCAACGAGAUCAAGGGCACUGCGCACGCUGCGAGACAAUACUUGGCUCCAUUUUUCAUGUCACGGGACACAGAAAUAUCAGGACCCCUUCAAUUCGGCCUUUCUCAUGCAAGACCACCCACUUUCGCUCCUCGACAUCACACAAACAGAUCUCUUUUGGCAUGAAUUUGCAUUUCUUUCCGCCUGUGAUACUGCAGGCGGUGACUAUGAUACUCCUGACGAAGUGAUACACCUAGCGGCUGGCCUGCAAUUCGCUGGAGUCAAGAGUGUCGUCGGGACAUUAUGGAAGGUCAGUGAUAGUACUGUGCAGCGCUUAGUCGAGGCAUUCUACAAAAACUUGUGCAGGGAUGGCAAAAUGAAUUCCAAGCGAGCUGCCCGAGCGCUGCACCAAGCGGUCCAGUCGUUGGCUUGUGACAAGGACAUGCCCUUAGAGCAGCGCAUAGUCUUCAUACAUAUUGGCGUGUGA